CCAAUCGGUCCCUGAUGCCCCACCCCUUCCGCACUGGGAAAAACGAACCUCCAGAGCGUCUUCCGGCGGGAGCUGUGCGGCUCCUUAUCAUGGGGACAAUUCAUCUCUUUCGAAAACCACAAAGAUCUUUUUUUGGCAAGUUAUUACACGAAUUUAGACUUGUAGCAGCCGACCGAAGGUCCUGGAAGAUCCUGCUCUUUGGUGCGAUAAACUUGAUAUGUACUGGCUUCCUGCUUAUGUGGUGCAGUUCCACUAAUAGUAUAGCUUUAACUGCCUAUACCUACCUGACCAUUUUUGAUCUUUUUAGCUUAAUAACAUGUUUAAUAAGUUACUGGGUAAUGAUGAGGAAACCUAGCCCUGUCUAUUCAUUUGGGUUUGAGAGAUUAGAGUCCUGGCUGUAUUUGCCUCCACCGUCUUGGCACAGUUGGGAGCCCUUUUUAUACUAAAAGAAAGUGCAGAACGCUUUUUGGAGCAGCCUGAGAUACACACGGGAAGAUUAUUAGUUGGUACUUUUGUGGCUCUUUCUUUCAACCUUUUCACGAUGCUUUCUAUUCGGUAA